CGACAGCAGCGGCACGCGGACGUCGUGCUACCCCCGCUGCUGUUCGCCUCGCAGACACGACGAGGCGCAACUCUUCGGUCACGGGGAGCUAUGCGGUGCACAGCGGAAUUCCCGGAGGAAAAUGAUGUCACGGAAUACGGCAGGGUAGUGUAAUGGAGAUACGCUUCCUGUUGGAGCUGCUACUACCCUUCCUCUUUGCUUCCGGAGUGGCGGUGAACCCAGGGUGCGAGUGCUUGCUAUUCACGAGCACGUUCGGCAAGGAGUUUGGCGUCUUCAGCAGCCCCGACUACCCUCGGCCAUACCCCAGCGACGUCGACUGCCUCCUCUACAGCUUCGUUGGCGGCUCGCACGACAUCGUGCACAUCACCUUCGUCGACUUCGACGUGCAGAAGACGCAUCUUGACUGCUCCCUGGGCGACCGCGUGGAGGUCUUCCUGUCGCUGGGCGGGCAGCUGCGGGCCGACGUGAACGAGCGGACGCCGGCCGCGGGCGUGCUGUGCGGCGGGCUGCGCGAUGUGCCCGCGGCGCUCUACAGCCAGGGCCCGGCGCUCGUGCUCGCCAUGCACGCCGCGGGCCCGCCCUCCAACAGCUCGGGCUUCCUCGGCAGGUUCCGCUUCCUCGACCGGCGUGAGUAUAUCCCCGGGGCACGGCUGCCUUUCAUUACAGCACCGCUGCAGACUAGGGGUGUUAAUGACCGCAUAAAAGCGGCCAUGCACAACAGAAUUCAGAAAUCGUUGCCUCCAUUAGCGAAGUGUUCGUUCCGGUCGGACGGGCGGCGUGUGCUGGGCACGGAGUGUGACCAGCUGUUCUCCAGCGGAGACGGCCCGCGCAACGGCCGCUUCUUCUCGCCGCGAUACCCCUCCAGCUACCCCAGCAACACCACUUGCAAGUACUACUUCCGCGCCAGAGAGAAGGAGCGUAUUCGGCUGGUCUUUGAAGAAGUGUCCUUACAGAAGAGAGAUGCCAGCUGCCUGGAGAGCGAGGACACGGUGACGGUGCACGACGGUGCCAGCCCAGCAUCGCCGAGCGCGGCGGUGGCGUGCGCCGAGGCGUCACAGCUGGAGGUGCUGUCCACGGGAUCUCACCUCUACGUGGAGCUGUCGGCUCGAGCGCGCUGGCCCGCGCAGGGUUUCCGUGCUACCUUCCACUUCCAGGAGGGACCAGAGGGUCAAGGCGGCACUGCCAAAGACGCUGCUGAGCCAGUGACGGCGCAGUGCGGCGCGACCAUCAGCAGCGACGGCGCCAGGAGCGGCACGGUGGGGGCGCCGGCGGGCCGCGCCGCGCACGCGCGCUGCCGCUUCGACUUCGAGGCGCGCGGCAGGCAGCGGGUGCGGCUGCUGAUCAGCGGCCUGCAGUCGCCGGCGGAGCGCGCGCGGUGUGACACUGCGGAGACGGCUUCGGUGUACGUGUGGACGGACGGCCGGGUGGAGCAGCUGUGGAGCGGCUGCGCUGCCGGAAGCGAGCAGCAGCAGCUGAUGGCCAGCGGACCGCGCAUGCGCAUCGAGUUCCACGGCAGCCGGCCCGACACUGCCCUCAGCCUAGUAGCCCGAUACAGCUUCGUCAGCGACUUCGGGGUGAGCGCGCCGCGCGGCCGGCAGCUGUCCUCGUGGCCGUGCGCCUUCUCCUUCAACGGCAGCGAGGCGGGCAGGGGCUACGUGACCAGCCCCAACUUUCCCGGACUCUACCCCAGGGACACCGAGUGCCACUUCUUCUUCCACGGCCGGCCCGGGCAGCGGAUCGCGUUACGCUUCGUCCAUUUCGACGUGGAGGGAGUGCAACCGUGUGAAGCACUGUCAGCGAGCGACUACGUAGAGAUGUCCAACUACAGAGGCCGCGACUCGCGGUUCCCCAGGUACUGCGGCCAGCUGGAGCCGUUCGACGUGCUGUCCGACGGGAAGUACUUCCGGCUCACGUUCAAGUCCAACGGCCGCCUCGACGCCACAGGCUUCAACGUCACCUACCGCUUCCUGGGAGGCAACAGGGACUCCAGCCUCGCCAGGAGGCGCCAGACUGGCAGAGCCGCAGGAACUACAUCCCUCUGGCCGUUGAUUGUGUUUUGCUUGAAGUUCGUCUGCUAAGACAAGUUGUAUCAAUCGAGGCGUCUGUUUCACCAGUACUUCAACCAUUGAUAUCAGUACGCACAAGGACUGCAAGUACUUACGAAGUUGACAAUAGGAAGUGUCAGAAAAUUAGUUACGACGAAAUCGCUCAACAUUUAGGAAAAUGUGAUCUUUACAUAUAGAUUUUUAUACAGAAAUUUUAUAAAGAAAUUACCCUUGUGUAAAAAAAAGAAAUU